AUGGAAGUUGGUUUCCAACAAUCCUGGUCAGAUUAUUCUUUAUUUACAAGAAAUCAUAAAGGUCACUUUACCGUUCCAUUGGUAUAUGUUGAUGAUAUCAUUCUAGCAGGAAGCCAUCUUGAUGAUAUAACAGGUGUGAAAAGUUAUUUAUCUGAUAGAUUCAAGCUGAGAGAUAUGGGAGUAUUGAAAUACUUUCUUGGCAUAGAAGUUGCUCGUUCCAAGCAGGGAAUUGUUCUAAGCCAACGAAAAUAUGCAUUGGAGAUACUAGAAGAUUCAGGUUUUCUUGGAGCUAAGCCUACUACUUUUCAUGUCGAGUAUAAUAGCACUCUCACACGAGGAGAAGGAAAACUAAUGUCUGAUCCAUCACAGUAUCGACGAUUGGUAGGAAGGCUAAUAUAUCUCACCAUCACAAGACCAGACAUUGUGUAUGAGGUUCAAAUUCUCAAUCAAUUCAUGGACAAGCCAAGAGAACCACAUUUAGAAGCUGCACACAAGGUGCUUCGGUAUCUAAAACAAACGCCGGGGCAGGGUCUACUUCUACCAUCCAGAGGAAAACUACAAUUAAGGGCCUAUUGUGAUGCAGAUUAG